AUGCCUUCUGAUUCCGAGGAUGUGUUCGAAGAGAAUCAUGACGAAGGGACCACCUCCGACGAAGAUGACGGACCGUCUGGCCCUCCAGUUGUAACCGACCUCUACGAGGUUCUCGGUGUCAAAGAGGAUGCGACUCAGGACGAGAUCAAGUCUGCCUACCGGAAGCUGGCCUUAAAGCAUCACCCAGACAAGGCUCCUGCCGACCAGAAAGAUCAAGCACAUUCCAAGUUUCAGCAGAUUGCCUUCGCUUAUGCGAUCUUGUCGGACGAAAAACGCCGCAGGCGGUUCGAUCGCACCGGCAGCACUGCAGAAGCGGCCGUCGGCGACGAAGAUUUCGAUUGGGCAGAAUUUUACAGAGACCUGUACUCGAACACGGUCGAUACGGAUGCAAUUGACAAAAUAAAGAAGGAGUAUCAGGGCUCUGCAGAAGAAGAGAAGGAUAUCCUGGAGGCAUUCGACAGCCACAGAGGCGAUAUGGACCGUGUCUACGAGUCGGUGAUGCUGAGCAAUGUGCUCGAUGACGACGAGCGGUUCCGCGCAGUUAUUGACAAGGCUAUUGCCGAAGGCAAGGUGGAGGGUUACAAGAAGUACACAGAUGAGCCGGCAAAGAAGCGCCAGGCGAGAAUCAAGCGGGCGCAGCAGGAAGCAAAGGAAGCCGAGGAGUUGGCCAAGGAGCUGGAGGAGAAGAAGAAACCGAAAACGCAAGUCAAGGAAAAGGCACCGACGACGACGAAGAAGAAGGCCAAGACGAAGGACGUCUCUGAUCUUGGUGAUCUCGCCGCAGCUAUCAGGCAACGACAAGCCAAUCGCAUGGAAUCGCUCAUGGAAAAAUGGCAGACAGAGGCGCAGACGCUCAAGGAAGGCGACGGCAAGCGCAAGAAACGGAAGACUCUUUUCGAGGAGCCGCCCGAGGAAGCAUUUGCUGCCACCGCUGCUCGUCAGGCUUCCAAGAAGACGAAAAAGUCGAAAGCGUGA